CAAUCGGGAUCGGCAUACCAAGAAAGCAAAUUUCGUCAUUGCCGCCAAAUGUUGAAUGCAUUUAAGAGGGAAAAGCUGUGAUAAUACUGGCAAGACCAGGGGUAGUCGCACCAGUUCAGUACAUGUUGUCUAAACUUUACACUUGUGAACAGUAUGGAUACCAAAACUAGAACACUACGAAAGAGGAAAUCAGCUGAUCAGGAAAACAACAAAAAUCCGUUCGAUUUUGAUGAGGUUGAAAAUACUCCGCCCAAGAUGAAAUCAGUUGAGAAUAAGCAGUCCCAGAGCAACACCAAAGGAAGUCCCAUUACUUCUCAAUCUGACGCAGAUGAGACCAUAGCCAUUAAAUCAUUUUAUGGAAACAGGGAGAAAAAGUCCUUUCCUCAUUCUCCGAAAAGACGACGAGCUGUGAAGAAAGUGUUGGAAAAACUCUCAGAUGAAGAGAACAUAUCACAAGAAGAAAACCGAUCCUGUGAGAGUGAAGUGGAGGCUGAGAGAAGUCAUCAGACAGUCCGGACUACUAGAGCAAAGAAAGAUGUUAAAGCUGUACUGUCGACUGGGAAGAAGAGAGACACAUCAAAGACUAAUUCACCACAGAUGUCCAAGGUCCAAGCAAAGGCUGAAUCUCCAGUGACACCAGGUUCUGGGGAAAGACGUUUCUUUAAACACAGAAUCCCAGGAUCUGCUGAGAAAUUCAUACCUGGUGUUGUCACCCGUAAGGGGUUUGACAUUAAAUUUACCCCAAACAGGAAGGAUAUUGUUUUGGGAAAACACAAAAAGGUUAGAGAAAAGAUGAAGGCCAAAAAAUCACCAUUGCCUCUUACACCAUUUCCCAAGGGAAAAAUUCAAAACAUCAGGAAAUCUGGAUUCCCUGUAAAGAAAAAUGUCAGACAUUCUUAUUCAUUAGGGGCCAAACAGAAAUUUUCUUCACAAAAAACAGAGAGUCCUGAGCUACAAGAAGAGAUUUUAAAGCAGGGAUCAGAUGAAAGCUGUUCCCCAAACUCUGUAACCUCUGAGCUGUCUGUGACAGCUUCCAUCCACUCGGGUCCCUCAGUCCGGGCCAGACCUGGGUCACAAUCAACAGAGCCAACUUGUCAGUCUCUUGUAUCGGCAUCAGAUAUUGACACCAACUCAAGUGUUACCACAGAAGACAAAGUAUCACUCAUGACAGAGGAUACCUCAUCAGUAGGAGACUCAAGCUCGGAGAUAAUGGAAGGCAUUCAACCUUUAGAAGAGAUUGAAGUAAUUCAUGAAGGCUCACCAAACGGAGAAGAAAAUGAUGAGGAUGCUUCACAGAGAAACUCUCAAUCUAGUGAAUCUAAAUCAUCUCCCCAACAGAAGUACUUCCCAAUAUUCAACAAGGAUACACCCAGUCCCAGAUCCAGACUGAGAUUACUCCGAGACACGAAGACCAGGUCUUCUCGAAGGUCACAGAAUUUGAAGUUUAUCGAGGACAAGGAUGAUCAAAUGACUCUGGAUGCUGGUCAGAAGAAAUUUGGAGCCACACAAUGUGACACUUGUGGGAUGGUUUACUCCCAUGCUGAGCCGACGGAUGAAACAACACAUGCCAAAUUUCAUCAGAGCAUCAUUAAUGUCCUCAAAUUUCCAGGCUGGAAAAAAGAGAGAGUUUUAAGGGAGUUCGAUGAUGGAGGUCGAGUUAUAAUGGUGACUCAUGAUGAUCCAAAGUAUGCCAUUAAAAAGGUUGAAGAAAUCAAUAAAAUAAUGGGAAAUGAGCUUGGAUUUCCAGAAACAUCUUUCAUCUUCGGGACUGAGUAUAAGGUAUUUCUGAUGAUUUCGGAUGACAAGAAAAUAACUGGAUGCUGCGUUGCUGAAAACAUCACUCGGGGCUACUCGGUGCUGACAGAUUCUCAGUCCAGUCCAGAAUCUGGUUCCCGGCCCUGGUACUGUGACUCAGAACCCAAACCAGCUUCUGUAGGAAUCAGCAAAAUCUGGGUUCACAAGCUAAGUCGGAAAACCAGAGUGGCAAGCAAGCUUCUGGACUGUGUCAGACAACACUUUCACUUUGGUAUGUACAUUUCAAAGAAACGAAUGGCUUUCUCGGACCCAACCCCAGAUGGGAAAAAAUUGGCAACCAAAUAUCUUGGAACAAGCUCAUUCCUGGUGUAUAAAUUUGCCUGAAGAUGGAUUUUUUUCAAGAGAUCAUGUGUCAAAACUGUUGGAUUUGUAUUGUAUUAUUGAGAGGGCAUGAUGGUCAGAUGAUGCAUGUGCUAGUCAGUAAUUUUAAAUUUCAAGUAUUUUUGAAUUUUUUCUUAUGUUUUAUGUAAUUCAACAUUAAUGCAAAUAUCAUGUAUCUUAAUUUUAAGUAACUAUAAACAAGUUAUAUUCUCAUGAACUGAAUUCAAGAUAUAAAUUUACCUUGUAGUGGAGUUUGCCAAUAGGUUAAUUUUCUGUAAGAAUAUUGACAAAACAAAAACAGAGUUAUGUCUAUGAUUUUAUGUAUGUAUCAAGAUUCGUGCAUUUAGAUUACUGAUAUUCAACAUGGAUUUGUGGAUUUUGCAAUUUUGAAGAGGUCUUGUUUUUUUUGGUAAUAUUCAAAAGUAUAUUGGCAUGUGAGCAACUCUCUUUAUAAUCAUUUACAUUUUUUCUCAUCAUUCACCCAUUUGUUAAAUGACUGAUGCACACCAUGAUAAUAAGAUAUUUAU